AUGCUCUCCAGUGAUAAGAAUCUCACCUCAUCAUAUCAGCAAUCAGGAGAAGUCUCCCAUGCAUCACCACCACAUCAGUGCAUCGUAACAUCACCUCCUAUUUUUGGCCGCAACGCUACAGCAUCAAGCUAUUGGCCAACCUUGGGCGUGGAGAGAGUGACUCCAACCCGAUUUUCCUACGUCUUCUACGCAACAGGAAAAGAAUACCUAUGUAAUGUGCUAAUCAACUUCAGACAGUUGCGCCACCUUAAUGUUGCCGCUGAGCUAGCUCUAAUUCACCCUGCUUCCUGGGUUGAAGAGUACCCUCCGGGCUCGGAUAAUCAAAUUAGGCGCAUGCUAGAUAAGGCACAUAACUACUACGGAGCCAACUUACAUCCCUUGGAGCUGUGGAAUGCUGGAAGAGGGGACCCUACAUGGAUCAGUUCUCUCACCAAACUUCACGUUUUUGGCUUAACCAACUACACUCGUGUGGUAUAUCUGGACUCUGAUGGGAUCGUCCUCAAUAACCUGGACCAUCUUUUCCUCGCCCCCCAAGCUCGCAUUGCCUUACCGAGAGCGUACUGGUUAGAAGGGGGAAAGCUUGCAAGUCAUAUAAUGGUUAUUACUCCAAGUAAACCAUUAAUGGGUCGGGUCCAAGAAAUGGUUAAAACAACCAACGGAUUCGAUAUGGAGGUUAUAAACAAAAUUUCCGCAUCUUCAGCUUUGGUCCUCCCUCAUCGUCGUUAUGCCUUACUCACGGGGGAGUUCAGGAAGACGAACCAUAGCAGCUAUCUUUCGGAUGAAGAGCCCGAUGCUGAAUGGAACCCCCAAACUGAGUUAUCUAACGCGUUUUUUGUUCACUUUUCCGACUGGCCGCUCCCAAAACCAUGGAUAAAGGCCAGUGCAGCUCUAGUGGAAAGCACACAGCCCACUUGUGAUCCGAAAGAGAAGGUCGAAUGUUGGAAUCGUAAACAUUGGCAUGGGAUAUACAAUCUCUACAACGAGCUGAAGGAAGAACGAUGA